AUGGAAGACCAGUUUCCGUUUUUGAGAGGCGGCAUAGAAUUCAAUGGUGUGAAGGUACUGCCAUCAGAUCUCCAACACAGCCACAGGAGUUCGUCUUCCUCCUGUGUUCUCAGCUUCCUCAACCCAAGAACUCUACUGCCUUCAUCAUCCUCUGCAUCUGCUGCUGCUGCUGCUGCUGCUGCUGCUGCUUCAGAGUCGCCAAACAUGGCCACCUUUCUUCUGCAGAAACAGAGACAUCAUGAAUCCGGCAUUGCAGGGUGCUUGCAGUGCUCGGUCUCUUGCAACAUGAUCGAGUUCUGCUCGACGCGGGAGCGGCGGCCGACGAAGCUGUUCCGAGGGGUGCGGCAGAGGCACUGGGGGAAGUGGGUGGCGGAGAUAAGGAUGCCGAGAAACCGGACGAGGGUGUGGCUGGGGACGUUCGAUACUGCCGAGGACGCCGCCAUGGCGUACGACAUGGCCGCCUACAAGCUCAGGGGCGACUCUGCCUAUCUCAACUUCCCCCACCUCAAGCACGACCUGCAUGAGCUUGGCUCUCCUCAUCUGCACUCUUCCGUUGCCUCCUUGUUGGAGGCAAAGCUCAAUGCCCUCUGCAACUCCUCUUCUUCCUCCUCCUCCUCCUCCGGUAGCUGUAAGCAGAAGAAAGCUGGUAAGGAUGACAAGUCUGCGGUUGCUUCCAUCACCAGGACUCCACGCAAGGAGGGGUUGCAGUCAGAUCAGGGGAGAAGAGAGAUCUCACAGCAGGAGUUGUUGAUCUCCGGAGGUGAUGCGGAAGGAGUUCUACUGAGCAGGAUGCCUUCUUUGGACAUGGACAUGAUAUGGGAUUCCCUCCCUAUGCCAGCAGCAGAAACUUGA